GGUCCCUUCCACCCCGACACACACACACCACACACACACACACACCCCAUUGAUCAAUAUUUGGCUGUCUUGCUGCAACUUGCUGCAGUCUUUUAAAGGAGUAGUAGAGCGAGAGAGGGAGAGAGAAAGGGAAACUGACAGGAAGGGGUAAGGAGCUACACAUGUCACAUGUGCUUUCUAAGACGGCCAGGAGCAUCUGCAGGCUGGAUCUGGUGGAGGAUGCUGCGGCAGGUGAUACACAGAGGGCUCCAGUCGUUUUUCUACAAGCUGGGCUUAUUCGUGAGCAGGCAUCCGGUGUUUUUCCUCACUGUGCCCGCAGUCCUGACCAUCAUCUUCGGCUUCAGCCUGCUCAACCGCUUCCAGCCUGACACUGACCUGGAGAGCCUGGUAGCCCCCAGCCACAGCCUGGCCAAGAUCGAGAGGAGCUUAGCCAGCAGCCUUUUCUCCCUCGAUCAAUCCAAAAGCCAGCUGUAUUCGGACUUGCACACCCCGGGGAGGUAUGGCAGGGUGAUUCUCCUCUCCAAACCCGGAGGCAAUAUUUUGCAUCAGGCUGAUGUGAUCCUGCAGAUCCACCGAGCCGUGCUGGAAAUGAAGGUGAACUACAAAGGCUAUAAUUAUACUUUUUCCCAUCUGUGUGUAUUGAGAAAUCAGGAUAAGAAAUGCGUGCUGGAUGAUAUUAUUUCAGUACUAGAGGAUCUGAGGCAGGCUGCCCUCUCCAAUAAGACAACAGCCAGGGUGCAAGUGAGCUAUCCCAACACUAAAUUAAAGGAUGGAAGGAGCAGUUUUAUUGGCCACCAGCUCGGAGGGGUCAUGGAAGUGCCCAACAGCAAGGACCAGAGAGUCAAAUCAGCCAGAGCCAUCCAAAUCACUUACUACCUCCAAACGUAUGGCUCUGUCACCCAGGACCUCAUUGGGGAGAAGUGGGAGAGUGAAUUCUGUAAACUGAUGCACAAGAUGCAGCUGGAUCACCAAGAUCUGCAGCUCUACUCACUAGCGUCCUUCAGCCUCUGGAAGGACUUCCACCAGACCAGUCUCUUGGCCAGGGGCAAGAUUUUGGUGAGCCUGAUGCUGAUCCUCCUGACUGCUACCCUCUCGAGCUCCAUGAAGGACUGCCUGCGUAGCAAACCUUUCCUGGGACUCUUGGGAGUACUCACUAUCUGUAUUUCCAGUGUCACUGCGGCAGGGAUAUUUUUCAUUACUGAUGGAAAAUAUAAUUCUACUCUGUUGGGAAUCCCUUUCUUCGCUAUGGGUCAUGGAACCAAAGGAGUAUUUGAACUUCUUUCAGGAUGGCGCCGAACCAGAGAGAAUCUGCCAUUCAAGGACAGAGUAGCGGAUGCCUACUCAGAUGUUAUGGUCUCCUAUACAAUGACAAGCUCCUUGUAUUUUAUAGCCUUCGGCAUGGGUGCAAGCCCUUUCACCAACAUUGAAGCUGUAAAAGUCUUUUGCCAGAACAUGUGUGUCUCGAUCCUGUUAAACUAUUUCUAUAUCUUCUCCUUCUUCGGCUCCUGCCUGGUCUUUGCUGGCCAGUUGGAGCAGAAUCGUUAUCACAGCAUCUUCUGCUGUAAAAUCCCUUCAGCAGAAUACCUGGACCGGAAACCUGUGUGGUUCCAGACCAUGAUGAACGAUGGCCAUCAACACACUUCUCAUCAUGAGACCAACCCGUACCAGCAUCACUUUAUCCAGCAUUUCCUCCGAGAGCAUUACAAUGAGUGGAUUACCAACAUCUAUGUCAAACCAUUUGUGGUGAUACUGUAUCUCAUCUAUGCCUCUUUCUCCUUUAUGGGGUGCUUACAGAUUAACGAUGGAGCCAAUAUUAUCAACCUUCUUGCCAGUGAGUCUCCAAGUGUAUCCUAUGCCCUCAUACAGCAAAAGUAUUUCAGCAACUACAGCCCAGUGAUAGGCUUCUAUAUUUAUGAACCUCUGGAGUACUGGAAUGGCACUGUGCAAGAAGACCUAAAAACACUGAGCCAGGGGUUCAACACAGUGUCCUGGAUUGAACAGUAUUACCAGUACCUUCGAGUGGGUAACAUCAGUGCAACCAACAAAAGUGACUUUAUCAGUAUCCUCCAGAGCUCCUUUUUAAAAAAGCCAGAAUUUCAACAUUUCAAAAAUGACAUCAUUUUCUCCAAAGCUGGAGACGAGAACAACAUUAUUGCUUCUCGUUUGUACCUGGUGGCCAGGACUAGUGAAAACACACAGAGGGAGGCAGUGGAAUUGUUGGAGAAGCUGAGACCACUCUCUCUUAUACAGAGCAUCAAGUUCAUUGUGUUCAAUCCUACCUUUGUUUUCAUGGAUCACUAUGGUUUAUCAGUAACUAUGCCUGUCUUGAUUUCUGGUUUUGGCAUCCUGCUGGUGUUAAUACUGACCUUUUUCCUGGUUAUCCACCCUCUAGGAAAUUUCUGGUUAAUUCUCAGUGUCACCUCAAUAGAACUGGGUGUCCUUGGCUUGAUGACCUUAUGGAAUGUAGACAUGGAUUGCAUUUCUAUACUGUGCCUUAUCUACACUUUGAAUUUUGCCAUAGAUCACUGUGCACCCCUGCUUUAUACAUUUGUACUAGCGACUGAGCACACCCGAACUCAGUGUAUAAAGAACUCCCUCCAAGAGCAUGGGACACCCAUUUUGCAGAACAUUUCUUCUUUUCUUAUUGGGUUGGUCCCCCUUCUCUUUGUGCCUUCAAACUUGACCUUCACACUGUUCAAAUGCUUGCUGCUUGCCGGCAGUUGCACACUUCUGCACUGUUUUGUUAUUUUGCCUGUCUUUCUAACCUUUUUCCCACCUUCCAAAAAGCACCACAAGAAAAAGAAACGAGCCAAAAGAAAGGAACGAGAAGAGAUCGAAUGCAUAGAAAUUCAGGAGAAUCCUGAUCAUGUGACAGCAGUCUGAAAGGCUCAGAAAAAAAAUAAUAUUUCCUCUUUUUAAAAAAGUGUUGCACAGAGAUGCAGGGAAAAUAGAGCAAAGAUCUCAGCUGCUUGUGCUGGCCAGGUCUGACAAGGCAAAGGAAGAUCAAGAAGGGGUACUCAUGACACAUCAAGGUGCAAACUUUUUUUAACAAAAAUAACGAAAGUAAAAAUAACCACAAAUAUUUCCUUUGAAUCCUCAUUCUCCACCAGGGAAAAGUCUAUUGGCCAUUAAAUGUUCCUGAAUCUCAAACUGUAGCUCUAAUGGGAAUUACCUGAUCUGUCAUAAUCAAGACUGAAGCGAAGUUGAAAAGAAAAGUUACUACUAAGUAAACAGUAGUGAAAAAAGACAGAAUACUUUGACAAAAUUGUCCACAAUAAAACAAACAAAACAUUGCAGUUGAGAAAAGGGAACAAAACCAAGAGAGAUUUUAAAAUGCCAUGGCAUUUUUUUCUUAUUUUCUUGAGCAAGUUGUUUAAGAUAAAACCUAUGCACACGGGAAGUUGAUGUUUAAAUCAAUCUAAGCCAAAGUACUUCCCAAUUUCAGUAUAUCUACAACACCACAGUUCAAGUUAGUCUGAAUUUAGAUGGCAAAGCUGCACUGCCAAGGGAGAGAGGUAUUGUUUAUAUAAGAGAAGAAAUUACCAUUGGCCGUUUGAAAAUUUAAUAUUUAGUGUCUUUAAAACUGACAUAUGCCAUUUACCCCAAGAAGCCACAGCUGGUUGCUAUCACCAUACCUACAUUUUGGCAUUUCUGAAUUGUGAAAUUCCCCUUGAACUAGCAGAUCCCAUGAAACUAACCCAGGCCAUUACCACUGCAGCACUAUUUGCAGUUCCUGCAGUGUAACACUUUUGAAUCCUAAUUUAUCAGUGUUGACAUUAAAUACUGAAUAUUAAUCAAGCAGGCGCUUUAAAUGUAAUGAUGGAUUGCAUAUCACAGACAUAAUGUGAUCGUGUUACAGCUGAGUCAGCUCUGGAGCACCCGCACAGUAUUAUUAUUAUUAUGUAUUUGGUCCAACAGUCGAAGGGAUAUGUUUGCUGGUCCCUGCAAUAUGCUGCAGGAAGUGGGAUUUUCCCCUUCCUUAAGCAAAACAUCAGUCAAAUACUUGCGACAUUAAAAACAAACAAACAAAAUAACAAGUUUGCAUGGGGCUAAAGAAACCCCUAGCUGUAAAAAGAUCAGUCCCCUGUGGGAAGGGGAGGGGAGGGCAAAAUGUCUUUAUUACUAUUGUUCCUAAAUAUCUGAGUGUUGAUUGUCUGCAACAUAAAGCUUUGUUCUGGCAGUUGAAAUUUCACAGAAGAGUGCAGAAAAUCCACAGUUACUAUGUGACGCUAGAAAUUGUACUGUAAAGAACUAUGAAUGACUUUCUCUGCUAUACAGCAUAGUAACCCAAGAGAAGGGAUGAAAACCAAUUUAGCCAUUUCAGUUUGCUCUUGGCCCAGUUCAGCGCUGGAGCUCGCCAUGUCCAUCUCCCUUUUCAGUAUUUUAAAAGGGCUUGCUUUCUACUCUCUGGAAUAUGGUAUAGCAUCACCUACAUGAGCAAUGUCUUCCGGAAUAUAUAGUAUCCAUGAGGACUCUAUGUAAAGAUAUCACUAGAUGGAGUGUUUAUAUCUACUUUGUAUUACUUGUGGGUACCUUUACAAAACAUCUGGAAGCAAAUGUUUAUUUGUGGCUGGUUAACUGAGUCUCAGACAUGCAGAGUUUGCUGACGAGGGUAUGUACAUAUGUUUCACUAAAAAAAUCUCUGCAAGAAGUUGAUUCUUUGUUCUGUGACAUCUCCCACCUCUUUCUACUGCUUCAUGGUUAGGGAGAGCCAGACAAAAUUCACCUGCAGCACAAAAAGCCAUGUGAAUGUCAGUUCUAAUGUUCAUUAACUGCUUCUGUUUUCAAGAUAUGCAGUUUUUCCUCUUCUCUGUCCUUUCUGUACUUUGCCAUUACCAUUUGCCAAAAAAUGACCUCUGUGUUAUAGGAGUGGUCAAAGCUCUUGAUUGUUCAAGGGACAUUUUAUGUGCAACAAGUUUUAGAGAAAGGUAAACUUUCUAGAUAGGCAAAGCUUUCAAGGUUUGAAUCCAGAUCUAAACUUCAGGUGUAUCUAGAUCAAGGUUAUUGUUUUGACCCAAGAUAUUCAAGGGUCAACUGCAAAACUGAGGUCUAAAUAGUUUGGUAAGAUUUAGGAGUGGGGAUGUUUUAAUGUUGGGUUAUGGCUCAUAUGUGUCUCUAGUUGGGAAGUAUUUACUGACUUUGAUCUGUAUCUCAAAGACAUUGUGCAAUAGCCACCUUUUUAGAACAGUUGGUUCUGAAUGUCAAGGCUUCCAUACCUUUUCUUACGUUUCCUCCACUGUCCAUACAAUACUGGAUAGUCAUAGCACAACUGUGACCCCUUUGUAUCACUUCUGAAGGUGUCCUUUUUCCCACCUGCUCUGUGUGUCACAGUGGAAGUUAUUGGUCUUCUCUUGUACCACAGAGAUGUAUCCCAGGGAACUCUGUCAUGCAUUGUUUUGAAGAAAGUAACAUUUUCCAAAGCCAUCAAAGCAGGGAUUCACCUCAUCUAACUGUGGAUGUUGACAAUGUAGCUAUUAAUAUCUAAGCUUCCUUUAUGGACAUAAGAGGGGGACAGAUACCUCUGGUCUUUUUUACAUCUGUUCGUUAGGAGUAAAUGAAUCACACCUUUAAAAUGCCUGUUUCUGACCAUUGGUGGUAAAGGAAGCUCAAAGCAAUUCAGACACAGAUAUCAGCCAUGCCAACACAUCUAAGUUUGGUGAGAUUAACCCCACCUAAAAUGUCCUAAUAUCAAGUGAAAGAAAAAAGAAAAAAGCCUUAGAAAAUUGCCUUCCAAGAGUCUAUUAGGGAUAAUUCCCUGGUGUAACUCAGCUCAAAAUUUAUGUUUGGCUUAUGAAGCCUUUAUGCAGAACAGAGCUUAUAAAAUUGCCAGGGAGAAUAGUGAGCUAAGAAAUCAGGAGAUGUUAAUAUUGAGGGUGGGCUCACACAAAUGAGCUAGAGUAUAAUGAGAUGUCAAACCAGUUUCUCUCUCAGUACCAUACAGUGCACUAGGAGACACAAAAUGUACAGAAUGUACUCUGGGACUAGGAGUUUUUUAUUUCGAUGUCAACACAGGAAUGGAGAAAAAAAAAAAAAACACGUAAACAAACAGAUCUUCCAUGGAUGUAGUUUUGUUACUUUACUUACCAACCAUUUUCCAGACCUACCAGGAAAGACGAUUGCAGCUGUUACUUCUGCAGAUAUGUCAGUCUCCGUGGACCAAGGAAAACUUCUUCUCAAGCUAAAAAAGUGAUUAUUUUCUUCUAUAAUUCAGCCACACCAAAACAAUUUGAGAAAGGGUAGUCCAUAUUUUUUAAUGUCUUCUCCUAUUUUUUGCUUGUUUUGCUUUCAAUAUAUUUCAAUAAUUUUGACCCAUUUCUGCAGCCUCAUGGCACCUGUUCAGCUCAGCUGGAUCUACAUAUGUAUGUGUGAACAUAGGACAUAGCCCACACACCAAAACAAUUUGACAGUCUCAUCUAUGCUGCAUAUUGGAUUUUCAUUAUACUUUUUUUUUUUUUUUAAACCAGUUUAAAAAGUUCCCUGGGAUGGUGUACAUCUUCCUUUAAUGUCUGUUUAUAUAUAUAUAUUCUACAUAAGCUGACAAGAGUUCUCUGUGGUUUUCCUACUUUUUCGGUUUCAUUCCCUCACUGUUAUUUUAAGUUCACUGUUGAGAUAACUCUGUUGAAGUCAACAGGUUUACUGCCAUGAUAUAUAUGGCUUUGCAUGUUUUCUAUCCAGCAAGAAGUGAAACCAUGACAAACGAACCUCUUCAUUGUUUAUAUGCUUGUUAAUAAUGUAUCUGUCUAUACUAUAUAGCCAUUGUUGCAUGCUGCAUUCAGGAGGCUGGAGUGGAGGUGACCUGUAAUUUCUUCCAUUACACUUUUCCAUACUGGCUGUUUUAACUGUAACUUACUCCUGUCUUUUUUUGUUAGAAUUAGGGUUUUACCUCUGUAGUCCAGUACCUGAAGUUUCAUGAAUUUAUUGCCUAACAAAUCAACAUACUUUUUAUGGCCAAGAUAGGUAUGAAUGCAUGGCACCUUGCAUGUAUAAUGUAGAGAUUACCUUCAGGACUAUCAUCCUCAGCCUUUUACCUCAAAAACUUCCUAUGUAGGAUGUAACCUGACAUACGUUAAUAUCUAUCUGAGUUCAGCUGAGCAACUCUAGUUUCUAAAUUUUCUUCAGUGGGAAAGAAAGGAACUAGGGUGAAAGAAGAAAUAUGAAGUAAAGUAGUUGUAUAAUCAGCGUUUUUUUUUUUUUUUACCUAAAAGGCUCUCACUGCUCUGCUCUUAAUUAAGUCACACUGAGUGGUGACUCAAGCAUAAUUAAGAUUUAUUUCAAUGGAGUUAUUUCAUAUUUCACUAUGACAAGAACUUGGCUUAUUGUCCUUAAGGAAGCACCAUGCUAAAUCUCUUAGAUUAAUAUUUUUUGUAAUUAUAGACUUUAAUAACUUGUUUUUCAUUGCAAUGUUAGUUUUUUUGAGUACCUCAAGCUCUCAUUUGAAGACCUAGGAAAUAUUAAAAAGCAAAGUUAGGCAAUCAGUGAACAAGAGACAUGUUAGGGAAAAGGAAUACUUCACAGAGAGGCAGUGUACCCUUCAGCAAAGCUCUAAAUAAAAAAUGAUGUUAAGACUGUCUCAGAAGUAUGUUACUUUGAUGGAAAUCUCCAGGUUAAAGUGAAGUGGAAACCAAGUGAAGUAUGUUGUGUGGAGGAUAAUGUAAUCAAAUUAUAGACAGUCAAACUGAUUCUUGGCCUAUACAAUCUUACUCAAACAAGAAGACAUUUGAACUGGGAAGGAGACUGAAUAUGGAAAGAAGCUCAUCCAUCACGCAGAACGUUUCUUUUCACCAUAAACUUGCAUACAGAAAAAUCAUAAACCAAGUGAGUGAGCCUCUCUAUAACCUGUUUUCCACUUGCACCAAAGAAAGGAUCACAUCUUUGGUUUCACAACCCCUUGGGAAGAAUAUUCAAAGCUGCUCCCUUACAUGAUACAGUUGUGAAUGAGAACUGGAAGAUGCACAUCAUGUUGCAAGAGCACAACAGACAAUGAGGGCCAUGCCCUCAAUGAGGCCAUGCCCUCAUUGUCUGUUUUCUUCCUUCUUCAGUAGCACCACAGUCUCCUAGAGGUACCUGCUUGGCAGAGUUCCUACGUUUCUCCAGGAGUAAUCUGGAAUUUGUCAUCACAGCAGCACACAGGCAAACACCUCACACCAUGACAUUUUCAGAGCUUUUUUAGAGGUGUUCUUUGAGAGAUCCCCACUUCCCACUGCAGAGCCCCUAACAAAAUCCCACAUGUCUGAGAAGAGGUGCACUUCUUCUUCUGACACAUCAGUUGGGAAGUUUUGGGGAAGAUUUUCAUCUUAAUCCACAAGGCUUUCUUUUAGCCACAUGUUUUGACCUCCUUCAUGGCUUAAAAGCAAAUGAUCCAAUGUGAAACUUAGAUGUUCAUCCUACCUAUAGCUGUGUGCAGUGUUGCUUAUCCACAAAGUUGAUGUGGAUUGUUAUUUUUCAGCACAAACAGGGAUCUGACCUCCUUGCCCUGACCCCCAGACAAAAUCUUACUGAAAACAAAGAAGGACAAAACAGUUCCAAACUACAUCUUUCCUUGGAUUCUUUGUCUCCUCUCUGUCAUACCAACAUACCCGUACCACUACUCAUGUUUUCUUCCUGCUUCCUCAUUAGAGAAAGUAAAGUUUCUCUUUCCCACUCCCUGAGGCUGCCUUUCCUUUGCAGCUUAUUUUGUACUUUAAUCUUCCAUGUGAGCUCUCAAGCCCUUCAAAAUUUUCCUCUUUUUUUUUUUUUUUUUUUUUUUUUUUAAACUCUGAGAGCAUAACCUUGUUGAAAUAAAUUGGAGAUGCUUGGAUGCAUCAAAGUGCAGAGUCUGGUACAGAAGUAGCUAAUUUAUAACAGCACUCAAAACUUUCAUCAGACAGAAAAUUUUCUGUAAGAAAACUCGGAAAAUAAUUAGGCUUAAUUUUUUCUGCACUUUCUAUCUCAUGAAAUUGUAUUAUUUGUGUUCUUUUUACAGGAGGCAUUACUUUUUUUUUUUUUUUUUUUUUUUUAGCAUUCCUUUAUCUUAGAAGUGUAUUUCUAUCUCAGAAAGAAAAAUAAAUGGAUAUUUCUUCGUGCCCUAGAAAAGAAAAUACUGUCCCUGCUAGGCACAUUUUGUGCCAAGUUUCUGCUCAGAGCACAUUUUCCAGGCUGAAUUAUACAAGCCUCUGGAAGCAAGUAUUUCUAGUGGAAAUGCUGAUACAGCCUUAACUAGAGAAAAAUUAAUGGUACUUCAACAUUGUACUGCUUAACUUCAUCUCCUCUGCAUCAGCCUGCUGGAUAUUCUGGGCAGUAUUUCUAAUACAGAUUAAUAACGGUGUCACCAUUGCUUGCCACACCACUACUUUGGCAAUAUCACAUGGGUAGUUCUCGUAAACACACAUCAGAGCCUACCGUGUUUAUGUACUAAAUUCCUGACAAGAUUAGCAUGGCUUCUGCCAGAGCAGGGAUAUAUUCCAGGACAAAGUAGUGUGACAGCUCUCUGCUGUAAACAUGCUUCUCAUUCUGGGCUUUGGCAUCUCUCAGCUGUAUGUUGGAUGUUGCACUGAGUUCCUUUGUAAAGAACAAAGAGCAUUAUUUUUGUUUCAAUAAACCACUUGAGAACAUAUCAUGAAAGAAUUUACAUUCAGUCAUGGAUGGAAAUUUUUUUACAAGGAAGGAAUAUCAAGGAAGGAAUAUCAAGGAAUAUUCCAAGGAAGGAAUAGGAAUGUCAAUUGUGUGAAGUGUAGAAGUCUCCACAAAUAGAGAAAUCUUGGUCCAGAACAUUUUUUUUUCUUUUGUUUCUAUUGUAAUUCAGGCACUAGAUGUCUUUGAUCUUAUUUCCUCUCAUUGAUAUGGACUGAAGAUUUUUCACAUAUUGCAGUGAGGAUAAAUCUUGAUCUACAAAAAUAUCCUGUUCGUCUGAAGUAGACUUUCUUUUGGAGGAAGCCCCAUUGGUUUCAGCUCCAUGCCAAUGGAGUUGCAGCAUCUGGCAGCAGCAAUGUUAACAUGUACCACUUCAGAGACAGGCUCUUAUUCUCAGUGUGUACACCUGGAAAUACCAAGUAUGUAGGAUUUGUGAGAUGUGUGAUCUUGUUUUGUCUCUAGACAAAAAAAAAAAAAAAAAGAGGUGGUUGCAAGAUUUGCAAGAUUUAGUUCUGCUGCCAAAUCAACUUUCCAUCAUUAGGUAGAAAAACAAAGAGUGACAAAGUCACCUGUUCCUGUGAGAGUUUCAGAAAAGUAUCAUCUGGUUAUGAAAACAGCUAGAAACAGUGGCAACAGCUGGGCCUGAAGAAGAACUUGUUCUCUUCUGACUACCUCAAAGAUCCACAUGUAUAAAAACAAACUGCUACUGACCAGUAACUUGAUCAUAGUGGGUAUGAUACAGCCAAUGGAAGUACAGAAAUUAGGGCCCAACCUCUUAAGACCAAGGCAAUUGCCUUUGGAGGUGAUUCCAGGUAAUGACAUGACACAGGGACUGGAAUUAAUCUUCAAAACUAUUAAGUCUCUAGGGAAGAUCCUGGCACAGCUUUGGCCUGGAAAACUACUUUCCCUCCCCAGAAAUUUCCAGGCACAAUCUGGAUGCUGGCAUGUUCCAGGAACCAUUCCCACCAGGCGGUUUAUUUGCAGUUACCCAUUUUGAAGAAUAUAGGACUGUUCAAUAGUAUUGACAUUAACUGACCAUGCCAGCCUCCUUCAGGGCCAGAGAGCACCCAUCCCCUGUCAAUGCUUGCUUUACUGGAAAGUUAUAGCUUUAGACCCUGAUGCAGCCUGUAUUCAUACUGGUAUUUUACUUCUGAAGAUCUUAAUCUGGCAAAGCACUCAAGUAAAUGACUUCAUUUAAUCAAAUUCUUAAGUCUCAUGGACUGGGACAUCUUUAGAUUUAAGCAUGUGUUUAAGUACUGAGCUAAAUAAGGAUGCACUUAUCUCUCCUUCAAGUUAAAUAUGAGUUGUACAGAGGAAAAAAAAAAAAAAAAAAAAAAAAGGCCUUAAAAGAAAAGGCCCAUUUCCCAUAACAUACUAAAUCCUGCAAUUAUAGUAGCAAUUUCACAAUAUAUAGGAAGACCGUGCCAAGGACAUAUAUUUUUCAGGGUUUCAAUUUCCCUGAUGUGAGACAUCUCAGGGACAUUUUAGUGAUUUGUUACAGUCAUACAACACUCAGGCAAGAACAAAGCCUUGCUGAGCAUUGCUCCUGGAAAAAAAAAGUAACAAGAUAUUUGACUCAGAAUGAGACUACAGUAUUUUAUUAUGUUAAAGUUCAUUUUUAAAAGAAAAAAUGAAACUUUCAUUUAAUGUCAUUCAUUAUUUCUUUCAAGUGAUACUCUGGAGAAGUGCUGGAUGUGCCUCUGUUAUGGAUGAGGGAGGAAUUGCUUGAUGAAAUUAAACCCAGCUUUACCAAUAAAAAGAAAAACUGGCUUUGUGCCCAGUGUAAAACUUACUAUGGUAUCAUCUGCUGGUUUUUAAUUAAAUUAAAUGUGAAUGAUGACAUGCAUGCAACAGAAGUGGAGAAGCAUGCUAUACAUGUCCUUGGGCUGCAUCUGGUGAGGAACACCUAUGCACACCAGGAAGAGAGACUGAGUCCCCAUUCCUGAAAAAACAGAUGCAACUGCCAAGCCAGAAACAUUGUGAAUAAUCCCAUUGGCUUCAGUGAAGCCAUCAGGAUGUAUUUAAAGAUAUGUACAUAAGCCUUUGCCUGAGUCAGGACUGAGAUAAGGAGAUAUUGUAAUAUUAAAAGGAGACAGAGAGUCUUAAAUCAGGUAUUUCUUCAGCAUCUGUAAAAAGGCUCAGUGUAACUAAAUAGUUCCUUAAAAGAAAAAAAAAUGCUUUUUAAAAAUAAAAUAUCAAGCUCAAUAGCAAUACAGGCAGUAUAAGUAUUUAAGAGUCUAAUGAGAAAGAUAACAGUAUUUUUUUCAGGAAAUUAGUCUUCCCCAUGUUAUGUCUGUAGCCAAUGUAUUAUGGAAAUGCACAACCACACAAGAAAAAGGAAGUAGUGGAAUUCAUCUGUCCUAGCUCAGGCACACAAAAAAUCAGAUAUUAAAUAGCUCCCCUUCUGCUCGUAGUCAAAGGAGAGAAAUAAGUACUGCAAUUCAUCUUGCUCAGAUAGUUGUUCUAGGAUGAGGGCCCUUGCCUACAUCCAACAGCAGCUAACAGAGCUGGUGAAUAGCCAAGGAUGAGUAGAAAACAUACCUGUGAGCAUGUGUCUAAAGACGUGUCAGAUUAGCCACUCCAAGGCAUCUAUGCUCAUAGCUCAUAGUAACUGCAAUGAAAAUACCAAUAAAUAAUUUUCCAAUUAUGGGUAUCAAAAGGUUUGAUUUUUGUACUGUUUGGGGAAGGGGUUCUAAAAUGGGUCAUUAUAGCUCCAGGGUGGGAGCUGGGUGACUGGACCAUUGCGAACAAUGCAGUUGUGAGCAGCUGAGAAUCACUGCAGGGAGAAUACGAAAAGGACUAAAUUAAGCAAGUGCUGCAGGGUCAGAUGAAGGACAUUUUUUCCAAAUGUUAUUUAUGUCCAUUUGCACUCUAAUUAAACAUAAUGUUUGUUCUUUUCUUUUUUCUUAUUUUUUAAGACCAUGGUGAUUAGCUUUUCUAUCUCCCUUUUAAGUUGUAGAAUUUGCUUAACCUUUCUUUGGAUUAAUUUAGCAUUAGGUGUUUAAUUACUGAAAUUUCUCAGGUGUGGGCAAUUUUACUAUGCUACAAAUAAACACCAUGAGUCAAUAUUGUUUUUUCCUCCCUCAUAAAGCUCCCUUGUUGCUGAAAACUGUUAAUAUUUUUCAAGAUUAUACCAUGACCAUAUUUGUAUAAAAACCUUUUACUGAGCUUGAAAUUCUAUACCAAAUACUUAUGUCUUUGAAAGACUGGAUUCUUCAAUAAAAUAUAUUCGUCUUUAA